AUGGUCAAGCACCUGCUUCUGUUGAAGGGGGAAUCAGCAGGGGGUGUUUUUUUCAAGACAAACGGCCAGGUGAAACUUGAAACUUCUGGCACUCCUUCCAUUCUGAACCUGGAAAUAAAGACUCUGAAUGAAGGUGGAGCGAGUGAACUACGAACUGUUGAAGUCAUGUGGAAAACGAAGAAAGAUAAUUCGAAGACCUUACCAAUAAAUUGCAUUUCGUGGACCAGCUAG